AUGCUCUCGAUACCCUCCGAGUCUAUGUCGGCCUGCAAAACCCCCAGUACUGUCCCCAUCAUCAAUCAUCGCAUCAUAGCGCUGGACAAAGGUGAAUAUCGUGGACAGAUAGAGCACUUUGAGUAUCACUGGGGUAUGCAGAAGGGCGAGCUGGAUUUGAGCUCGCCCCUCAACCACAUCAUCGCGAUUUUUCCUCCUAUCGGACAUUGACAAGAUAUGGCCUUUCCUGGCGAUAUAUUGAGGCCCAUGGCAGUGCAUGAAGCACAAUUGGUUACCGUGAAAUGUCCCCGACAGGAGCAUGUUGCCUGAGCAUACCUGGUUAUACCUGACAAUGGCAUGUUGCGCAUUUUCAUCGCAUUUUGGACCUGCC